GUUAACACGAGGGGAAAAGUGAAAGAGUGAAGGGAGAGUUGAUGAAAAAGAAUUAGGUUUCGAUUUAGGCAACAAUUCAAUUGCAUUUCUACUAUUUAUUUUUUUGAGUUAUUCUCACUAUUAUUGAUAGGUUACAAUUUGAUCAAUGUAUUUUUUAAAUGUGAAGAAAUGUUCUUGGUGAGCGGGUAUGGGUAUGGGUAUGGGUAUGGGCAGGGAGGCUAAAAUCAUACCCCAUACCCACCUAAUGGAGAGAAAUAUGAAAUGUUUACCUAAUUUUAGUGAUCGCGAAUAUAUAAAAAAAAAUCAAUGACCAAAAUCCUAUUUUUAAGUAAUUCUAGUGACCAAAAUUGCAAUUUUUCUCAAAUUUGACAAUAAAGAUCUCCAUCUCCAUUACCCUUCAUUAGAAGAUAACCAACCAAAAAUUAACAUCUCUAUUUUGGAGCCUUCCGUCGGUGGUUGCCAUCGAUUACUUCGAUUUUGUAGAUGUGAUUUGGUUAUGGUCCAUGAAACUAUAUCGUACCGGCGGUUCAACCAAAAAAUAUCAGUAUCGGAGACUAAACCGAUAGACGGUAUUUAACAAACUGUUGAACUACGAUUAAACCACGAUUUUGCCAUAAAAUAACUGACUUUUCCAGUACGGUUUCAUGGACCAUGGAGUUGGUGCUUUGAUAAUCGAGUUAAAAUUGAAACCACUAGAACAAAAGUUUCAAACAUGCUCGGUUAAAGAAUUCGGCUCAGCCCAUGAAGAGAAUAGCAGCCCAGCCCAUAUUCACAUUGUGGGGCUUGAAACAAAACAAUCGGGCCCAAGUCCUAACCCGAGAAGGAUGAGGUUCCGAACAAGGAAGCGGUCGCCGGUUAAGUAAAAUUCGCUUCGGGGCUUUUCAGUAGCUCGUCCGCCGCCGGCGCUAUCUUUCUUCCAACCGCAAUGUCGACCAAGAUCUACAACUCGGAUUGGGAUCUGCCGCUAAGAGCGCUCUUUCACCGUUCCGCCCCAUGGAAACGUCCUCGUCGGAUCCGUUCAGAAGCUCCUCCUUCCAUGAUCAGCCAGCUCGGAGACGAUCUCCUCGUACAGAUUCUUAUCCGCCUCCCCGAUCCUAGAUCCGCUUGCCGAUGUAAAACAGUCUGCAGGCGGUGGAGCUCCCUCAUCUCCAGACCCUCCUUCAAUCGCCGCUUCGUUUGUCACCACCAGGGUUUGAAUUUGAACCAGCUUCAACUUCCUAUGCCGGAGGAUCCCAACGAGCUGCAAUCGACCAUUCGGAGCGUCCUCCCUCGCAUGCCUCUUAGAUACGUUCGAGACGCUUUAAGAGUUCUGGAUUGCUUCAGGGACUUGGUCUUGUGCGGGUUCUGGGAUUUGGGUAACCACAACGACGAAUUGGGAAGAUCCUACCUGGUCUGCAAUCCCUUCACCAAGCAGUGGAUUGCCCUUCCUCUGGCGCCUAAAAAGUCUGUUGGGUAUGAUGAAGCCGUCACGAGGUUAGUUUGUGAACCCUGCAAUCCUAAGAAAUUCGAUCUAGGAGAUGAUGAUGAUGAUGACAAAGCCGCAUUUGUUUAUUCUUCCGAGUAUCGGUUCCGAGUAAUAUGUAUGUAUCAAGUGGACUUGACUACGAAGCUAGACGUCUUUUGUUCAGAGUCUGGGAAAUGGAUCAGGGAGGCUCUUGUUCUUAAAGGUCAUAUCAGGCGCGGUUGCAAACGUAUAAUUUCGUCGUCGGAUGGGAAGUUGUUCUGGUCGUAUCAUAAAGUUGAAGACUUGGAAGCUGGCCAGAUUAAUCGUUUGGUGGCUGCCUUUAAUCCUUUCCGACUUGAUAUACCCCCGACUUCUAUUGAUGUUUCUGCAUUCUCUGCGAAACCUUGGUGGGUGAUUUCGGUCUCACAGGGAGCGCUGCACGUUAUUGCAUUUGAAGACAACGCAUCACCUGUUCGACGUUUAAGCAUUUGGAGUCUAGAAGAAGAAGACGGUAAAUCUUGGAGGAAACUGUGUGAGGGUUUGGUGAAUGAGACAUCAAAGUGUGGUAACUAUCAAGUUGAUAGCUGUUAUCUACCUAUUCUGCAUCCAUACAAGCCGGAAGUUGUCUUAUUCAACUGGCUUGCUGGUGAUGAUACGAAUGCUAUAUUGUCCUGGGAUUUGCAAAGACAAGAGGUAGAGUUGUUCGCUAAACUAGAAGGGGGGCCUGCUGUCAAUCGUUUUGUAGUGUUCCAGCCUCGUGUCCAUUGCUGGCCUACUCCAAUUCCAAGUUACGAGGAGUUGCGUGGCAUGUACAACGGUAGCUACCAAUUUUGGGCUCAGAGUGGCAAUGAAGGAGCAGUUCCUAGCUUCCCUCCUCAGUCAUUAGCUAAGCUCGUCUUCUAAGCAGGAUGAUGUUGCUGGAAUUAAACUCUAUCCAUGCAUUGAAGAUGAUGUUCAUCCAGUUCUCAGCUAUACCCAAAGGUUGAACUUUUCUUGGAAUGCUUGUGACCUGUGUGAAGAUGAAUGGAAGUUAGAUAGGUUGCUUUGUUUUCGGACCUUGGGAUCAUUUUUGCCUAUCACUUACUGUGUUGAUUUAUGCUGAUGUGAUUACAGCAAAGAAUUAAUAGGGCUAGGGGGUUAUAAGGCUGCAAGGGAAACACUUAAAGAUGGGGCAGCUCUAACAGAGGAGAAUCUGAACCAACUUUCCCUAAUUUGAUUGAUGAAUGUGAAGCUCACAUUACUGGUAGGCCCUCUUUUCUUGGCUAUGUUGGAUUGGUUUGGGAAAUAUGUGAGUCAACAUAUGUAGCUUGGUGGUUCAGAGUCUUAUUUCGAUUCAAUAACCCGAGGAAGGUUUGGCUUUUGCUGUGGAAUGACUCGUCAUUGUGCAGUUUGAAUGUCUUGUAGUUCGGGUGCAAUGUAUGUGGAAUUGCUGUAUUCUUGUUGAUGAUUUCACUUCUGGUUAGUCUGUAAGCAAGUUGAUGAUGGGUGUAAUUCCUUUAGCGAUGACCAUUUAGUCCAAUAGGUGUGUUUGGACAUAUUGUUGUGCAAUUCCAAAUUGAUGUGGAAUUUGUAAGGUUGCCGCUGUGCUGAUAUGCUUGGCUCCAAUUCCAAUUGAUGUGGAAUUUGUAAGGUUGCUGCUGUGCUGCGCUGAUAUACUUGGUUUGAACACAACGAGUUGUCCAUGUUGAUCCUCUUAGAAAGUAGCGGUUCUUCCUGGUUUCUGAUGUUGGAUUUGUUGUGGAAGUAAUAUGAGUCAGCUUGUGUUCUGUGUAAUGUUGGUUUCUUGGCAAGUGAGACUUUGUUCUGUGGAAUGUUGGUUGGGGUCUGCUGUGUUGUGUAUGGCUGCUCUUGGUUGUUAUGUCUAGUAUUAUUUUGAUGGGCAUGCUGAUCUUUGAUGCUAGUAGCAAAGUUUCCUGCUAGUGUAGCUAAUUGUUGAGCUAUCUUUCCACUAGUGCUUGUCUUGGCAUCUGCGUAUUUCUUCUAUUCCCUUGUAAACUUAGUUUACACUAAAAUGCUUGCUUGAUGUUUUCUUUUUUUUGCAGGGGAAACAGGCCAGCUUCCAAAGGAAAACUAAAUACAUCAGGAAUCGACUCCCAACAGCACAUCAUUCAUACUGACAAAUUCAUGCCCAAUUGUCCAUAGAGAAGUUUGAAACAUACUGUCUCUGUCUAUUCUACCCUGCUACUAAAAUCAAUUCGCCCACGAACCCUCCAGAAUCUCUUGGUUUGAUAUUCAGGGGUGUGUUUGGAUCUCCUGAUCCAGGGUCUAAGUACAUGUUUUCUUGGUGUCCAAUCUCUGUAUCUAGGGUGCCAUGUGUAUCUACUCGGUGUCUCAGCAUACAACAUUGACUAACUGAGCUUUUGGUUCUCUCAGGUUUAGGCUAAAGCACUUUAGAAAACUGUGAUUUGUCUGAAACUUGAUUCUGGAAUUGGGUUGAUUGAGAAAUGAAGAAGAACAGGAAAC